UGCAGAGUCAGGAAGAUCCCCUUCCUCCCGCACUCGGCUCCCCCUGUGACAGAUAGCGCAUUGUCUCGCACUUUGGCAUAUCGGAAACAUAGACACCGCCACUGGAAUUGCUUUGCACUGCGAGAUCACAGACACGCAAUCAGACCGGCUUUGCGGCUCUGUUAGACAUCGGAGUGCUUGUCCUUAACAUGGGGAACAGAGAUGAUGAAUACGAUUUCUUGUUCAAAGUGGUGCUGAUUGGAGACUCCGGCGUGGGGAAGAGCAACCUACUGUCCCGCUUCACGCGCAACGAGUUCAACCUGGAGAGCAAGAGCACCAUCGGGGUGGAGUUCGCCACGCGCAGCAUCCAGGUGGACGGCAAGACAAUAAAGGCUCAGAUCUGGGACACGGCCGGACAGGAGCGUUAUAGGGCCAUCACUUCGGCGUACUACCGGGGUGCGGUGGGGGCCCUGCUGGUGUACGACAUCGCCAAGCACCUGACCUAUGAAAACGUGGAACGCUGGCUGAAGGAGCUGCGCGACCAUGCAGAUAACAACAUUGUCAUCAUGCUGGUGGGCAACAAAAGCGACCUGCGGCACCUACGGGCCGUGCCCACCGACGAGGCACGGGCUUUUGCAGAGAAGAAUAAUCUGUCGUUCAUCGAGACCUCAGCUUUGGACUCCACUAAUGUUGAAGAAGCCUUCAAGAACAUCCUCACAGAGAUCUACCGCAUCGUUUCACAGAAGCAGAUCGCUGACCGGUCAGCGCACGACGAGUCUCCGGGCAACAACGUAGUGGACAUCAGCGUGCCCCCUACCACUGAUGGCCAAAGGGGCAGCAAGCUGCAGUGCUGCCUGAACCUGUGACCCCUGACCUCCAAGGGCAUCAACCCCAUGCCUUUCAUUUGUGCUUUGGUCCUGAGUAACGUGCUGCUGCUUCUGCCCCCAGUCCUGCACUAUCUUUCUGUACACAAAACUUUCUUUUUAAUACUUGUCAAAAUUCACAUGUAUUCAUUUGCCAUGUAAUGAAGUUUUACAACCUU